CCUCUCCCCCAAGUGCUGCUGCCCCCGGCGGCUGCCGCCGGGCUCCAGGAAAGUAGCUUGAUGAGUGUCCAAAGUAGCAGUGGAAGUUUGGAGGGGCCGCCAUCUUGGUCCCGGCUCUCCACGUCCCCACCGAGCCUGCAGGGCUGCUCCGCGGCGGCUGCGGCGGCGGCAGCGGCAGCAGCAGCAGCAGCGGCGGCGGCGGCAGCGGCCGUGGCGGCCUCAGCGGCGGCCUCCCUGCUCCAUAACAACACGGCGCUCAAGGAAGGUGCAAUGGAUGAGCUUCAUAGCCUGGAUCCAAGAAGGCAGGAAUUGUUGGAGGCUAGAUUCACAGGAGUAGUGAGUGGCAGCACUGGGAGUACAGGAAGUUGUAGUGUUGGAGCAAAGGCCUCAACUAAUAAUGAGAGUUCUAAUCAUAGUUUUGGAAGCUUGGGAUCUCUAAGUGACAAAGAAUCAGAGACUCCUGAGAAAAAACAAUUGGAACCUUCCAGGGGAAGGAAAAGGAAAGCAGAAAACCAGAGUGAAAGCAGUCAAGGGAAAAACAUUGGGGCACGUGGUCACAAAAUUAGUGACUAUUUUGAAUACCAAGGUGGAAAUGGGUCUAGUCCAGUAAGAGGAAUGCCUCCUGCCAUUCGUUCUCCUCAAAAUUCACAUUCCGCUCCUUCUUCUGUUCGGCAGAAUAGCCCUUCUCCCACUGCAUUGUCUUUUGGGGACCACCCUGUUACACAACCAAAGCAGUUGUCUUUUAAAGUUACUCAGACUGAUCUCACAAUGUUGAAAUUAACUGCACUUGAAAGUAAUAAAAAUCAAGACUUGGAAAAGAAAGAAGGUCGUAUAGAUGAUUUGCUCAGGGCUAAUUGUGAUCUACGAAGACAGAUAGACGAACAACAAAAGUUACUUGAAAAAUACAAAGAAAGAUUAAACAAAUGCAUUUCAAUGAGUAAGAAACUUUUAAUUGAAAAAAGUACACAAGAAAAGUUGGCAAGCAGAGAGAAGAGUAUGCAAGACAGAUUACGCCUUGGGCAUUUUACAACCGUUCGGCAUGGUGCUUCAUUUACUGAACAGUGGACAGAUGGCUUCGCAUUUCAGAAUCUUGUGAAGCAACAGGAGUGGGUAAAUCAACAAAGGGAAGAUAUUGAGAGACAAAGAAAACUCCUGGCAAAGCGAAAACCCCCAUCUACAAAUAAUUCUCAGGCUCCCUCUGCCAAUUCAGAACCUAAACAGAGAAAAAACAAAGCUGUCAACGGAGCAGAAAAUGAUCCAUUUGUCAGACCCAAUUUACCACAAUUGCUAACACUAGCAGAAUACCAUGAACAAGAAGAAAUUUUCAAGCUUAGAUUAGGACAUCUCAAAAAGGAAGAAGCUGAAAUACAAGCAGAACUUGAACGUCUGGAAAGAGUUAGAAAUCUUCACAUACGAGAGCUCAAAAGAAUAAACAAUGAAGAUAAUUCCCAGUUCAAAGAUCAUCCUACGUUAAAUGAGCGAUAUUUGUUACUUCAUUUACUUGGUCGAGGUGGAUUUAGUGAAGUAUAUAAGGCUUUUGAUCUCUACGAACAAAGGUAUGCUGCUGUGAAGAUACAUCAGCUUAACAAAAGCUGGAGAGAUGAGAAGAAGGAAAACUACCAUAAGCAUGCCUGCAGAGAGUAUAGAAUACACAAAGAACUGGAUCAUCCAAGGAUAGUAAAACUCUAUGACUACUUCUCCCUGGAUACAGAUACGUUUUGUACAGUAUUAGAAUAUUGUGAAGGCAAUGAUUUGGAUUUUUAUCUAAAGCAACAUAAACUAAUGACGGAGAAAGAAGCUAGGUCCAUUGUAAUGCAAAUAGUAAAUGCACUACGAUAUCUAAAUGAGAUUAAGCCACCUAUAAUACACUAUGAUCUUAAACCAGGAAACAUCCUUUUGGUAGAUGGAACAGCAUGUGGAGAAAUAAAAAUCACAGACUUUGGUCUAUCUAAAAUAAUGGAUGAUGAUAGCUAUGGUGUUGAUGGAAUGGACCUAACUUCACAAGGGGCUGGGACAUACUGGUAUUUACCUCCAGAGUGCUUUGUUGUGGGCAAAGAGCCACCAAAGAUUUCUAACAAGGUGGAUGUAUGGUCGGUCGGAGUAAUCUUUUUCCAGUGUCUGUAUGGACGAAAGCCAUUUGGUCAUAACCAGUCCCAACAAGAUAUACUACAAGAAAAUACAAUAUUAAAAGCCACUGAAGUACAGUUCCCAGUGAAGCCUGUUGUGAGCAAUGAAGCUAAGGCUUUUAUCAGACGCUGCUUGGCAUACCGCAAGGAGGACCGGUUUGAUGUCCAUCAGCUGGCUAAUGAUGCUUACUUACUCCCACACAUGAGAAGAUCAAAUUCUUCAGGAAACUUGCAUAUGACUGGACUGGCAGCCUCUCCCACGCCACCUAUAUCAAGCAUUAUUCCCUACUGAAACUUUUUGACACAGAAGGCUUGCAUGAUGCCUUCAUGUAGUUUUGCUGCAGCAGACUUUUGUUUGAAAGCGCUCAGUUUGUGUCUUUACACACAGCAGGACAAUUUUCACAAUGGGACUUUCAUACUGUGGCCAUUCUACAACUGUCAUGUCUAUGAUGGGACUGCAACAUGGUCCGAGAAGGUUACAUUUACUUCAGACUUUCAUGUUGGAAACAUUGAAGGACAGCAUUGCUUGUUGCCUCCAAGCAGAAGUACUUUGUGUUUUUAAGACUGAAGAAAAUGUGUGCUGGGUCUUGUAGGGAAGGGAACACUGUAAAUAAUCUUUUUAAUACUUACAAACUCUUUUGGUUGAUACUGGAGAGUUCUAAUAAGGAGGGUAGUUUUUCAUUAUUUGAAUAAAGAAGAAAAAAAAUGGAGCACAGAAGAACAACUCGGUGCCUGGACACACACA